GCAGCAGCUAGUUGCACCUACGGCCGCUCGCCGUCACAGCGCUAGCGUCGCAGCCGCCAUCUGCCGAGCGCCAGUCGAGCUGUGGACUCCGGAGAGAGAGCAUCGCGUCACCACGGGUUUGUGUGCGUGCUUGUUUACAUCUUUGUGUCAUCGACGUUUGACCUGACUCCAGUAUCGACUGUCCGAGGAGACGGUAGUUCACUCAUCGUCAGAAUUGUGUUGGUGAACGUCAGUGUGUAGGAUUUCGUUGUCUAGCAAUUUGAUUAAGAGGUAGGCUAGCUUUGAACGUGAAUCGAUUGAAUUCUAUUCAACGAGUGUAAUUUCUUUGUUGUGUUCUCGCUGUUUAACUGUAUCGUGUUGUAUAUUCACUCUAAAUACAUUUAGAUAACAUUUUCAUAACCAAUCCUGAAUCUCUGAACGUAAUUUGUGUCAAUUCCACGUAGUUCUCUGUAAACAUACACUGUACUGUCCUACUGUCACAAUGGGGUACUUAGCACGAGGUACUGUCAGCUGUUUAAGUCACGUGUUGUAAACAAACGUUAGGCCUAACCUAACCUAACAUCACUGCGCACGGCGUGGGACUUUGUCGCAGUCCUUAGUUUGACAGAUCAUUCAAGGUUAUUUGUACAAAAGAGCCCUUACCGCGGGGGGUAGGCUUUGAAAGGAUCUUUUCUCUAUUGCCAUUAUUGACAAGCCCAGGCGGUACGCUAAAGGAGGCUACCUAAUUGCUUGAAGCCCAGUUGCUACCUGCCCUGCUAAAAAGGUCUCGGCUAGCGGCCGCUUACUCCACCAUACAGUUAUAAGAGAUAGUCAAGCUGGCCGCCACCACGACUAUGAACCCCCACUACCACCCCUACACGGAGUUAAGCUCCCCCCACUCCCCGCCACCGGACAACAGUAGCUACCACGGUGGAGGGCAAGGUGGGGGAAACCUCAGCAACGGCCACGGUCACGUGAUACCCCACCCUCCACACCACGAGCACCACCACCACCAGCACCCGGCCUUCCAACAACCCCACCACCAACUGCACCAUCACCACCACCACCACAUGAACAACAACAACAAUAACAAUAACAACAACAACCAGAACUGCGGCAACGUGAAGGUGUGUGCGGGCUGCGGGGGCAAGAUUGUGGAGAGGUUUCUGCUGCACGCGUUGGACCGCUAUUGGCACAACAGUUGUCUCAAGUGUUCAUGCUGUGGAGCGUUGCUCGCCGACCUCGGCACCUCGUGCUUUACCAAGGCCAACAUGAUACUCUGCAAAGCGGACUAUAUCAGGUUGUUCGGCAACACAGGCGCCUGCUCAGCGUGUGGACACACCAUCCCUGCCAGCGAGUUCGUGAUGAGGGCAGGGGCUCCCGGCGCCACCAGCGCCCCCCAGCAGCCAGGGGCGCCACCGCACCACGUGUUCCACCUCAAGUGCUUCGCCUGCAGUAAGUGCGGGGCGCAACUAGUACAGGGUGACAGGUACUACCUACUGGCCGGCAGCCUGGUCUGUGAACAGGACUGGCAUAAGCUGCUGAAGGGGUCGGCGGUGACCGCAGGCACCACGGGGGUCCGCAAAGGCAAGGUGGGACGACCUAGGAGGAGUCGCGACUGAAACCAAGGAUCGGUGGUGCCGCCGUUUUGAGAGAUCCUCGGUACAUUGGACCAUGUACAUAGUACAUAUGGUGGCCACCCCGAUGUACAUUGUACAUAGUGGUCUCAUAGACCGAUGUACAUAGACGCCGCGUCCGUCGUCCAAUCGUUCUUCAGCACUUGAUUUCCUCAGAGAAUUGUUUAAAUAACAUGUUAGCUGUUAAAUUGAUCCACCGAAAUGUCAACACUUAGACACGUCGAGUAGUUGAUUCUAACUGUCCAAUCGGAAAUUAUUGCACAGUCUCUUGAUGAUAUUGUUCUGAUUACCGAUCAGUGUAGCUUUAAAUUACAACAAUGUUUAGUGUUUAAAUUUUAUAAGGUGUAAAUUUUAAGAGUCUUUACCUAUCCAACUGUGCGAUUUAUAUCUUGGAGGUUCUAACUCAACUCAGGGACAAAAAAUUAAAAUUAAUAACCGAAGUUACAAUUUAUGGUAAACAUACAUUAAGAUCACACUCAUUCAAUUAUAUAUUGUCCUUGUGAAUCAGAUGAUGACAAUUAUUAUACUGUGUUAUUGUCCGGUAGCUCAUGGAUACGUUGAUAUCAUAAAAGUUAUUUUACUAACGAAAUCUAAAUCUAUUACAAAUAAAUAGGCUACAAUAACUUAUUCAAUAAUUGGAAACUUCUGAUGUUUUUACUCAUACAUCUUUAUUAAAUACUAAAGCAAAGACUGUUAAAUUUUCCCAAAAUGACAGAAAUAUCUCGUAAAUAUAAACUUAAUAUGACGUCAUCAGAAAAACAUGCUUCUGAAUUUACAAUAUAUUUUACAAUAAAUAACCUUACACCAACAUUGUUUGUUUAACGUCAAAGUCAAAGCUAUAAUUUAUCACAAAUUAUUGUUUAAAAUCAUGGGUGCCAGAAAUUGAUUCCAUAUUUUAAUGAAGGCUAUCAAGGAAACAUAUUGUUAUUUUUCUUCUGCUUUAUCAGGACAAUAUAAGAAACGGACAAAGACUCUUAAGAUUUUAAUGUUAAAGUGAUUAUUGUACUUAGUUAUUUAUAUACACUAAGGUAAAAAUUCCUUACUCUAAUGACAAUUUGUACUUAAAUUUUACGAAACGUCUGUGGCUAAUCAAAUAUAUUUUUUGUGAUAAUGGUUUAAAGCAAUAUGAUUGUGAUGCAUUUCAAAUUGUUUGGAUAUUUCUCAGAAUUCUCAUCUAAAAAAAUCUUUCAUGAUGUGACUAAGAUAAAAUCGUAGUUUUAAGUAACCUUUCAUAGAGGUUGUAAUUUUUAAUUGACGUUCAUUCGAGUUAGCGUAAAUACGGCAUCAAACCCCAUUUGUAAUGUAAUGUUCAACGAUGGAUGAUGUUAAUUCGUUUUAUUAUAUGUCUAUUUUGAGAUGUCUUCAUCUUAAUGUUGGAAUUUCGUUUGUAAAGUAUUCUUGAGAAUUUACGCAAGUUUUCUCCGACUGUGGUGUAUUGUACAUAGUCCGCUGCAAGCGUACUUUGGUUGUGUUGUUGAUUUUUGUUAUUGCAACACUGCAUAUAUUUAUUUGUUUGUUUUUAUUAACUUUGUUGAGGUUUGUCAUUUGAGUUGUUGUUAUUGGUCCGACUCAUUCGGAAAGAACAAGCAAUUUAGUCCAAUUGAUUACAGUAUUGUUUAGAAGUGUUCGAUUUCGUUUACAGAGGAAUACCGUCUGGAAAUUUUGUACUUAACUUAGUGUUAGUUUAUUUAUACACAGUAUUUUUCAUAUUGUUUUAUUCAAGCUGCCACUACCAUCUAUGCAUAGUCUAAGAGCCAAUGGCCUACUGAUACGAUUUGCACACAUCUAUGUCUUCACGACUUUAUUUGAUUGGAGUUUUCAUGUAGUUUUUUUUAUCUCAUUAGUGAACGGUUUAAACUCCUCCAGGUCCAGAAUCGAUCUCGCUCGGUAUUGAAAUAAUAUCCUUCAUAUUUUAAGGUGAGAACCAUAUUUACGUACUCGACUAUCCUGUCAGUAUGACAGUACAUAGAGACGUAGGACGAGUAGUUCCGUUUCAGAAGAUUAACCCACACAAAAAUGAUCAUAGCGUUGCUUAAUGGUAAAUAUAUUUUAAUCCUCAGUUAUCAAUUCUUUCGGGACAGCGACGCACUCUUAGUUGUAUAUUUUAAGCUGGCUAAAAAAAAGUUGAGUGUAUCAUGGAGUAAGAUAAUCAGUUGAAGCUCCGAUGAUCAAGGACGGCAAACCCAGUUCGAACUAUCAAAACGCUCUAAGGACUUUCCUAAGCAUCAAAUUCUAAUUCUAAAUAUCAUAUUUAUGUAUUUUGUUGAUUACGUGUAACCUUUUUCAAUUUUUUUUCCUAAAACAGUCUGUUAGUUGUACGGAGAGUUGAUAUUUUUUAAGAGGUUGGCGGCCUCUUUUAACCUUGCAUUUGCCCGUCCACAUAGACUACAGAUCUGUGCGUGGAACGUAUCAACUUUGGCUCUUGGACUAUCAUAUCCAGUUACCAUGGACAGUGAUGAACUGUAACUUUAUUCUGUUCACUUAUUUGACUCUUGCCCUUUAUCAUUGUUCUUGCCAUGCAGUAUAUCGCAAUCUCGUCAGUAUUUCAACAGAAGCAAUAGGCGUACAAGGAGCCAAGAACCUGCUCAAACCUUGCAAUAAGUUUGUGGCGCUAAUCGUAAGAAGUAAGCUAGGAAUUGUUAAUAUGUACAUUGCUGUAUAUUUGUUGAUGUGCCCUUGCCCGGUCCCUCAUGACUCACAAUAAAAUGGAUAUUUCCAGAAUCA